AUGUACAAUCGUGUCAAAUCUUUCUAUUUUGUAUAUUUCUUUCUUUCCCAGUCGCAAGAGGUAGAAGAAACGCUAAAACGAAUCCAAUCCCACAAAGGUGUUGUAGGAACGAUUGUGGUCAACAAUGAAGGCAUACCGGUGAAAAGUACCCUCGACAACACGUCUACCGUGCAGUACGCCGGCUUGAUGAGCCAACUGUCCGAUAAAGCUCGAUCGGUGGUGCGUGACUUGGAUCCCUCGAACGAUCUGUCAUUUUUGCGGGUCCGGUCCAAGAAGCAUGAAAUCAUGGUAGCACCGGAUAAGGACUUUCUGCUGAUCGUCAUCCAAAAUCCUACCGACUGAA